CCCUCACUAGCAGGACACUCUGUGGAGCAGCGGGCGAGCUCGAGGAAGGUACUGAUUCAAACACUGCCGGCAUGGAGCAGGGAGGACAUACGGUAGCCGCCGAGGGCGCGUUGAUGGAUGUAAUAGAUUUUCCGUUUGUGACUAAAUUAUGUCAAAUCUUAACUCAAGAUGACGGUUUGUCUUCAGAGUAUUUUUGAACUGAAUUUAAAAUUAAUCUCUAAUGAUAAGAGACAGACGAGUGAAAUAGUAGGAUGGAGAGUGAAGAGGGACGGUGUAGUUUUUAACAGUGUCCUCCAAAGACAAUGAAAUGAAAUACAACAAAUCCCUCAUGGGUGUGCGCUCGCGAUGGAUUUAGUUUGGGUUUUUUUUACGCCCAAGUGAUUGAGAAAUACAAAUGGAUUUCUUAAAUAUCUCCAGUGGUGGGAUAGAGGACAAUUGGAAUACCACCGACCCCACCAACUCCUCCAUGGUGACCGGGGGCAGUGGGUACUCUCUCCUCUCCAUAACAAGUCUGGCGAUAAUCGUUGGUUUUCUCAUUCUGUUUACCAUUGUGGGCAACGUUCUAGUGGUUAUCGCCGUUCUGACCAGCCGCGCUCUCAAACCGCCGCAGAACCUCUUCCUGGUCUCGCUCGCCAGCGCGGACAUCCUUGUAGCUACUCUCGUUAUGCCUUUUUCAUUAGCCAACGAACUCAUGGGCUACUGGUUCUUCGGCAAAGUUUGGUGCGACAUCUACCUGGCGUUGGACGUUCUCUUUUGCACCUCGUCCAUCGUUCACCUGUGCGCCAUUAGCCUCGACCGAUACUGGUCCAUCACCCAGGCGAUAGAAUACAACCAGAAGAGGACACCUAAACGGCUGAAAGGGAUGAUCGUGGUGGUGUGGCUGAUCUCGGCAGUUAUCUCCUUCCCGCCGUUGAUCUCCAUGGACCGGAGCAGCGGAGGGGAUAUCAGACCCCAGUGUCGACUUAACGAUGAGACCUGGUACAUUCUUUACUCCAGCAUAGGGUCCUUCUUCGCCCCAUGCGUGAUUAUGAUAUUAGUCUACAUCCGGAUCUACCAGGUUGCUAAGACGCGGACACGGACCAUGUCUGAGAAGAAGAGGGAGGUGGAGUGCGACGGAACUGCACCGCCAGACAACAACCGGGUAGAGCAGGGGGGCCAGGGAGGUGAGGGGUCGCUUCGGGAGAACGGCAGAGAUGGGGGGGCAGAACAGGAGAAUGGGCACUGCCAGCAGAAGACGAUUGUGCCCCCCGGGCCUUUACCCAAUGUGCCCAAACCCACGCCCGACCCCGACGACCCCGACGACUACGAGGACAGCAGCUCGUCGGAUGAAAAACACACAUCUACGAAAAGACACGUCUCCCCCUCCUCGUCCCACCCUCAUCAUCACCACCACCACCAUCACCAAGAUGACAAGACAGAUCCCAAGGACUCCAAGGAACCCAGGAAGUCCAUAGGAAGCAGGAAGAGCAGUUCCAUUCUGUCCAAAAACUCAGGAAGCAGGAAGUCUCGUUCCAGCUCCAAGUCCAUAGACCUGUUCUCGUCCCGUAGGAAACGUCGCAGCACCGUAAACAGGAAGAAGAUUACGGCGGCACGGGAGAAGAGGUUUACGUUCGUCUUGGCGGUGGUGAUGGGUGUCUUUGUCAUCUGCUGGUUUCCUUUCUUCUUCAGCUACAGCCUGUAUGGAGUGUGCCGGGCGCCGUGUGAGAUCCCUGAGACGCUGUUCAAGUUUUUCUUCUGGAUAGGUUACGUCAACAGCUCCCUCAACCCAGUCAUCUACACCAUCUUCAACCAGGACUUCAGACGAGCCUUCCAGAAGAUUCUGUGCAAGUCAUGGAAGAGGUCUUUCUGAAUGUGGAUAUGGACCCAUAUUUAUUUUGAUUUAUUAUAUAUCUUAUAGGACAGUCCACCACUUUUGACCAGAGCCCUGUCAUUCAGAAGAUAACCCCCAAGUCACUGAAGAUGUAUUGCUACGAGGAGGUAAAAUGGACCCUGACGCUUCGCUGAAGUCACAUGGACCCUGACGCUUCGUUGAAGUCAAAUGGACCCAGACACUCCAUUGAAGUCACAUAGACCCUGACAUUUCGUUUAAGUCGCACGGACACUGACGCUUCGUUGAAGUCACAUGGACCUAUUGGCAUUGAAGCCGAUACAGCAUUACAAUGUGUUUACCUGAAGUUGUGAAGAACCUUCCAGAGCAUUCAAUGUAAAUGAAUACACAGGUAACAGCCAUUACAAAGGAAUCGUGAAGCGUUUUAAAAAGGUAUCUUAAGCCAACUGAACAGCUACAAUGAGCCAUGGUAGAUAUUCUACAACAGUGCCUGGAAUUUAACUGGUGUGACGCCAAACUAUUUUGGUGGUCACCCGUCCCCAUGGUCACCCCCAGAAACGGCCAAAUUCCCCCCGAAAACACAAGGAAAACAGUGACCUCACCUUUUCUAAAAGUGACCUCACCCGGUCUCAGGCAGGUCAUCACCCUCCCAACCAGUGAGGUUAAACUGUGCACCAUGUCGUUUGGCGAGGGGCAUGCACCGCUCUCUACAUUGUAAUAGGCUGGAUUCAGAUGUCAGUCUUAUCUUGUCCUCUAAACCAGUGGUUCCCAACCAGGGGUACUAGGACCCCUGGGGGUACUUGGCCUCUCCACAGGGGGUAC